GGACCUCUGGAUACAGCACUUGCCAAGGCAACCACAACCGCCCUGAAAGAUGCCGUGAAUAAAGAAUUCUCUCAAGCGAAGACUGCGUCGCAGUUUAUCGCAUGGGGCUUGAUUCUCGGACUUGUUAUUGUCUCCACAGUCUUCGUCACGGUUUAUCGCUUGUGUUUACCAGUUGACCCGAAACUACAAGGGAAGUAUGCUUUCCAAGAAUACGAAGCAGAGAAAGCCGUGACUCUUUUCAACGACAAAAUCAAACCACUUGCAGAGGCAGAUGCUGAACAGCUGAUCGAAAGUUUGUUCGAGAAGCACAAAGACAAGAAAGGCGAGGAACAAAUCAAAGCUAUCGAAGAGCAACUCAAGAAUUUGUUUCCGAGACACGCGGGAAAGUUGCACGCGCCUUUUCGCGCGCGGAAUAGUAGUAUAAAGCCAUAUACUGUUGAUUCCCCGUCUGCGGCUUCAGAAGAUAUGGAGAUGAAACCGAACGGUAUUACGAAUGCAACACAUUCGGGCUAAACUACAGAGUACGGGGCCACUAACGGGGACCGGCUCAUUGGAGAGCUAUUUAGGCAAAGCGGAGUGACGUUCAGGCUAUCCGGAGUGCUAUUCAAGUUAGCCAGAGCGUUCAUGAGACUGACUGGUUAAAAAAAAUGGCGCUCUGCCCGUUUACCCAUUUAACCACGCACUUAGCGAAAACGAGUUAAAUGCUUCGCGUUCACACUACCGUUUUCGGAGCUUUUCCCCGUCCAUACUUAAACGCUCGAAAACGCUGAUAUGGUAUGGAAAAAUACAAAGCCUUCGCUGUCGCUUUCGA